AAGUAUAACUUGGAGUCUGGUGUUUGGUACCAACGUAAAUUUGAUUCCCCAACUAUCAUUGGCGCUGCUAAGCACACAUCCGUCACCUUGGCGGCCAUUGCACCACAUCUUCCAGUCAACCGGCGUAGUUUUCCCCCGUCCGCCAUAGCUUCAGGAAAGCAAAGCAAUGUUGAAGGCAAAGGGUCUGAGGAAGGCGGUUGUGCCGUCCAUUCUCAUCGAUAAUCCUUCUCCUGGGAAUAUCCAGCCCACUCGUCUCGCCCUCCAUGUUAGUCCGGACGGUUCUUCCUGCUGGGUCUUCAUUGCUUCCGGUUCUCGCGUGUUUAAACUCCAGAUUUCCAUGGAUGAAUCAUCAGUCCUCGAGGGAAAAGAUAGCUUACUGAUCCCCGUACAGACAAAGAGUAGGAGAAUUUCUAAUGCUGCCACAAUCCGUCUGCCCAUGCUCAUUGAAGGUUCUAGACUCUUUAUUACUCAAUCGCUGUCCUCAUCGCUCAGAAAUACAGAGCUUGGUCCUGGCUGAAGUUGAUAGUUCCAGCGACCAAUUACUAGGGACAGUAGAUUCCUAUGGUCACCUCAUUGUUUCUAAACUAGAUGCCACUGGCAAAGAUGCAGACAGGUUUACGUAUUCUGUAUUGCCUCGAGAUUCAGGUCUUGGUGAGGGCAGCUGGGCAGGAUUAUGCUUCAGUCCAAGUGAAUUGUCCACGGCAGCUGUUGCUCAUAGCUUUGGCAAAACUGUUGAUGUUUAUGACCAGGAUGUCCAUGUUCGGACAUUACGAACACUGUUGUAUCCAACCGCAUUGACCUUCAUUCAGAAUCCUUCUUUUGGGAAUGGAAGCUCUGUGUUAGCUGUCACCGAAGGUUGUCAGUUGACAAUCUGGGAUUUGAGAAUGAAAGAAAAGGGUGGUUGUCUGCAACGAAUCUGUGGCUCUAUUGGUGAUAAUUUCUAUGCUGUCUGCACUUCCUCAAAUGGUAAUAUUGCGGUGGGUGGUGCUGAUCGAACUGUAACGAUAUAUGAUCCUCGAAGGUGGUCAGCAUUAUCAAGAUGGGUUCACUGCUCAAAGUAUGAGAUUACGGGAUUGUCUUUCUCAUCAAUUGACUCUGAUUGCAUUUAUGUCCAGGGAGUUGACUAUGAGGCCUUUUGUGGACAGUGGAAAGAACGCAAUAAAUUAUUUUCAUUAAGAGGAGACUCAAAUUGGCUUGGAUUUAGUAAGAGCAGCAGGAGGGAUGUCUUAGGCGGAUGGUGUGAUUCAGGUAGCAUCUUUUUGACAGAUGUUACUCGCGACAGCGAAGAGGACACGUCAAAUGGCUUCGUCAAUGGCCUUUCCUGAGCACACCUUGUGCUGUCUUCUCUUAACGGUACUCUUCCACCUGAUACCAAUAAUGUUAAGUUAGUUCUGAAGCAGCUAGUUAGGUUUUAGUCAAACAAUCCUUUGGUUUAUUAUUAACUCACAUCAGUUGUGCUUAUUCAAUGCAAUGUCUACUAGUACAGUUCGCUUUAUACAUUGUUAGGUGACUUUAGUACCCUUGCACAUGAGAUAACCCCUCAUUCUACAUAGUAUUUAAGCAACUUCAUUCUGUGAUUGCGGUUACACUGAUGAGAUUGUACUUUGUUCUCA